GUAUAGAGGGGAGGAUGACAUGAAGUCCAUGCACCAUGAUAACUACCAGGACAGGUGUCCCAGGGCCACUGCGACGCUUGGCAUCAGCCUGGGCCAGGGCAGAUACUUUGCCUUCCAAAACCCGGUGACCCAUGAAGAGCACCAGGUUGUAACGGAGAAUGGGGACAUUUUCGCCUUCGACGAGCCUUUCAACAAUCUCUUCAAACACGCAGUGCCUCCGGAAGCUCCAGGCACCGCACCGGGAAAGCGUAUUGCGGUCAUCAUUUGGGCCAACGAGCAGGACCAUGUGCCACGCAUGGUGCGGGAAAAGAACCCAGGCAUGCGUGACAUUGUGCCAUUGAAAGUCGACUGGGACAGCUGGGGCCACUGCGUUCCUGGCGCGUUGUCACGCCGUGACCGUGAAGGACGUUCUGAGAUUGAAGCAGAGUAUUUGGUUGACUAUUUGCAGCGCUUGGGGGAAGGUCCUGAUAUCCCCGAAUGUCAGAACAUCGACGGCUGGACAGCCAAUGCACUUACCAACGGUGUUGAAAGUCCGGUCAAGCUCCAGAGCUUCUACUGAUCAAGGUGCGCAAUGCCCAAGCCACGAGGGUUGAAUCAGGCACCCUUGUCCAUGUACACUCAGUUCAGUCGUGUAAAGGCACCCUUGCCUGCGGUGUGACACAGAUGAACUCAUGCAAAAGCAUGCAAAAGCUCUAGAUCGCUUCAUCUCAGGCUCUAGGUGCCUGAAAUAGCUAGGUCGCCCAACUAUUGGGUGACCAGCUUGCAGCUCCAUUUAAGGACCUGAGAAUUUGUCCACGC